AUGUCCCCUGUCGCCUACAGCCAAUCAGUGAAAUACUGUACAUUUAUUGGCUUCGAGCUCUGGCUAGGCCAGGACCAAGACUCGCGUGGCCUCAAUCCGACCGUGGGCAUGGGAAGAGAAUCCACCUACUGUGCGGAUAUGGUAGAUGUGAUUCGUUACAGUGGAGUUGUGCGAUACGUGGAUAGAGAGGGGUUUGAAUCCUGUAGGCCGACGUACCUUAUGCCACCAGAUACGAAAUCCCUUGGGUAA